AUGCCGCAGGCUCUGGCAGUCUUCACGCAGUCAUCUCGGAACUUGGUCCGGUACAGAGUGACGAUGGGCAGCAACUGGAUCGGUGGGUGGAACGCCUCCAACCUGAUGGCCAUGUACAGCCUGGCAAAUGCCACAUCUGGCAGCGGGGCCAAGCUGGUGGCUGUGCUGUGUGGGCCCGUCCCUGGCGCCCCCAGCUGUGGGAACGGGUCGGCAGGCAGUGAUCUGGUGAACGGGACGCUCACGCAGGCGAGCAUUGUGGACGGCAGCCCCAUCAGCUUCACAGCCCUUGCCAAACUGAUGGGAGGCUACUAUCAGAGCUGGGCGGCCAAGCAGGGGCAGGGGAGUGACGGCGCCUGGGCUUCGCCGGACCAGGCCUCGCGGGUGCCCGGCAUUCAGGUGCUGGCGCAGACACCGAUCGCGGCCGGCCAGAAGCGCUCAUCAUCGGUGUUCUCGGGCGCGGUCGUCCCGGCAAACGCGGCGGCGCUGCCGCAGGACCCGGUGCCGUACGCUACGGGGAUGCGGCUGGACUCCGCGAUGCCGUACCAUGCAUUCCUGUGGCCGCUGCCGGACAGCGACUCGACCGCCGCUGGAUCCAUUUCAAUCGCCAUGUACAACGAUUCUGCGCUGGCGUACACGGUGGUGGUGCGGCGGCUGCCGCGCAAUGACUCAAUAACAUCGGUGACGAUGGAGAGCUUGAAUCCGCGCCUGAUGGGCAGCGCACUCGCAUUCCCCAAGGGCUAUUUUGCGUACACCCAGAAGGGCUGCUGCGGGGGGCAGGCCCCCAACUUCUUCAGCAGCUUCCCCUCUGGAGUGCAGGCGCCCCAGGAUGGAGCGGAGUUCAUGGUGGCCAGCGGAGAGUGGCCGCCCCCCACAGGCACCUCCCAGCGCGAUCGCUUCGUUGCAGCCAUGCUAGCAGACCUGCAGGCUGAGGAUUAUCUGGUGGGAGUGCGUGUGCGCACCAAAAAUUCACCGGCGGGGCUACUGCUCGGAGAGAUCGUGCUCGGCUGUGGGCCGGAUGACCUCGGCCUGCCGCCCUCUGCCGCAUGCGACUCGAGCAUCAGCGGCAAUCGGAGGCGGAGGUGA